GAGAGAGCAACAUGCUCUGGCAGGAAUGGCGACAAAUUUAGAAACGACCAGUAUGCGGUAGGUAGCUGGAAAUAUGUAUCUACUACUAUUUCUUUCUGUCUCAGAUCGGAAUUCAUCAGACUCAUUCAAUAUCAUCUCCACUUCUCACUUUUCCAACUUCACUUCCUGUUUCACUUUCACCAACCCUUCUGCCUCUUUUCCCCCUACUUCUUAUCUUUCCGAAAGCCAUCUUUCAACCCUAUCUUUGUGUUGAUGUUAUCUCUGUCUCGUGAACAUAUAUUGUAACAUCACUUUUGCUUAUCCAGUACUACUGCACUACGUUUCUGUUUCAAGGUAACGGUAGCUCAGAUUAUGUUCUCCUUGGCGACUCAUAUCCAUAGCCAUAGCUAGCUACCAGAGAACAUCGAUCGAGAGCAGAAGAGCUGAGAAAAUUAAAGUAGGAAGAUGGGUUUCCUUGUAUGCCUUUUUUACGUGCUGCUUUCAGUGGCUGCUUUGCGUGGUUGCAUGGGGGACGGCUAUGGCGUCCCUAUCCGACUAAAUGACGAUGUUUUAGGCCUCAUUGUAUUCAAAUCAGACCUUCGUGACCCCUCUUCUCAUCUUUCUUCCUGGAACGAAGACGAUGACUCCCCAUGUUCUUGGAAAUACGUUAAGUGCAAUCCCGUCUCCGGCCGUGUUUCGGAGAUUUCACUCGAUGGAUUGGGCUUAACGGGGAGAAUCGGAAGAGGUCUCGAGAAGUUGCAACACUUGAAGGUACUCUCACUUUCGCGUAACAACUUUUCUGGCAGUAUUAGUCCUCAGCUUGCUCUCACCUCUGGCCUUGAGAGUCUCAAUCUUAGUCGAAACAGUCUCUCAGGCAGCAUUCCCAUUUCUCUUGUGAAUAUGAGUACCAUUAGAGUUCUUGAUCUUUCGGAGAAUUCAUUCUCCGGUGCAGUGCCUGAUAAUCUGUUUCAAAACUGUUUAUCCCUCCGGCGACUGUCGUUAGCGGGGAAUAUGCUUGAAGGGUCGAUUCCCAGUACACUGCCUAGAUGCUCCUUUUUGAAUAGCCUUAAUCUCUCCAAGAACCGCUUCUCCGGUACUUUGGAUUUCGCUUCCGGGAUUUGGACGUUGAAAAGGCUUCGGGUUUUGGAUCUUUCCAAAAAUGCACUCUCUGGAUCGGUACCAAAUGGGAUAGCAGCCAUACAUUAUUUGAAGGAGUUCCUACUAUCGGGCAACCAUUUCUCAGGUCCGCUGCCUAUUGAUACAGGACUAUGUCCGCACUUGAAUAGGUUGGAUUUUGGCGAUAAUCUUUUCACAGGAGCACUUCCAGAUUCACUGCAAAGGCUGAAUUCCCUGACCUUUUUCAGGGUAUCUAAUAACAUGUUAACCGGUGAUUUCCCUUCGUGGGUUGGUAACAUGAGCAGUCUGGAAUACUUGGACUUCUCAAGGAAUGGUCUAGAAGGAAACCUUCCAUCAUCAAUGGGUGAACUUAAAUCACUGAAAUAUUUGAGUUUGUCUCAUAACAAACUCGGUGGAAACAUCCCAAUGUCACUGGUUUAUUGUACUAGGUUAUCUGUUAUCCACUUGGGAGGCAACAGCUUUGAUGGAAGAAUACCAGAGAGUUUCUUCGAUCUGGGAUUGGAGGAAAUAGACUUUUCGGGUAACAAACUGAUGGGCUCCAUCCCACGUGGUUCAAGUAGGAUCUAUGGAUCUCUCCGCAAAUUGGAUAUGUCAAGGAACAAUCUUACUGGAAGCAUUCCUGCAGAAAUGGGUCUUUUCUCCAACUUGAGAUACUUGAAUCUAUCAUGGAACAAUCUCAAAUCUAGGGUACCCCCAGAGCUGGGGUUCUUGAUCCCAAACUUAACCAUACUAGAUCUUCGUAACAGUGCCUUGUAUGGUUCGAUCCCCGGAGAAAUAUGUGAUUCUGGAAGUUUAGGAAUUCUUCAGUUGGAUGGAAAUGCAUUGAUGGGCUCGAUUCCUGAAGAGAUCGGGAACUGUACAUCUAUCUACUUACUGAGCUUGUCCCACAAUGAUUUGAGUGGUUCAAUUCCCAAGUCCAUUUCAAAUUUAAACAAGCUGAAGAUUUUACAACUGGAAUUCAAUGAACUUAGUGGGGAGAUACCCCAAGAACUUGGAAGACUGCAAAAUCUUCUUGCAGUAAAUAUAUCUUACAACAGGCUCGUAGGCAGGCUUCCUGUUGGGGGUAUAUUUCCAAAUCUGGAUCAAAGUUCCCUGCAGGGAAACUUUGGCAUAUGCUCACCCUUGUUGAAGGGACCAUGCAAGCUGAAUGUUCCAAAGCCUCUAGUCCUUGACCCCAAUGCCUACGAUAAUCAAAUGGGUGAUCAUAAACAAAGAAACAGAUCCUCAAAGUCCAAAGAAAUUGGUCACCACAAUUUUUUGAGUGUUUCUGCUAUUGUAGCUAUUUCAGCUGCCAUACUUAUCACAUUUGGGGUGAUUGUUAUUGCUCUACUCAAUGUCUCCGCCCGGAGGAGGCUUAUAUUUGUGGACAAUGCCUUGGAAAGCAUAUGCUCGAGCUCUUCACGAUCAGGAAGUCCACCCACAGGAAAGCUCAUUCUGUUUGAUUCAAGGUCACCCCCUGAUUUGAUUGGCAAUCCUGAACCCCUGCUUAACAAGGCCUCUGAGAUUGGUGGCGGAGUGUUUGGAACAGUUUACAAGGUUCCAUUGGGAACACAAGGAAGAAUGGUAGCAAUUAAAAAGCUUGUUACAUCAAACAUAAUCCGAUAUCCUGAAGACUUCGAUCGAGAAGUUAGAAUCUUGGGAAAAGCGGAGCACCCAAAUUUGAUAAAACUGAAGGGUUACUACUGGGCUCCUCAAACACAGCUUCUGGUGGCUGAGUUUGCACCCAAUGGCAGCUUACAAUCAAAACUUCACGAGAGGCUUCCUUCAGUUCCCCCUCUUUCUUGGGCACAGAGAUUCAAAAUCCUGCUUGGCACAGCAAAGGGACUUGCCCACUUGCAUCAUUCUUUCCGUCCUCCAAUCAUCCACUACAACAUUAAACCCAGUAACAUCUUGCUUGACGAGAAUCACAACCCGAAGAUCUCAGACUUUGGACUGGCAAGGCUUCUAACAGAGCUCGAAAAGCACAUAAUAAGCAACAGGUUUCAGAGCGCGCUUGGUUAUGUGGCUCCAGAAUUAGCAUGCCAGAGCCUAAGGGUGAACGAAAAAUGUGACAUAUAUGGUUUUGGGGUAAUGAUUCUUGAGGUUGUGACAGGUAAAAGGCCUGUGGAAUAUGGAGAAGACAAUGUUGUGAUAUUGAGUGACCAUGUGAGAUUUUCGCUUGAGCAAGGUAAUGCAUUGGAUUGUGUUGAUCCGAGUAUGAGUGAGUACCCAGAAGAUGAGGUCCUGCCAGUACUGAAAUUGGCUCUGGUUUGCACCUCUCAGAUACCUUCCAGCAGACCUUCAAUGGAAGAAGUGGUGCACAUUCUGCAGCUCAUUAAGACCCCAGCCCCACAGAGAACGGAAUUGUACUACUGAUAACGUCAAUUUAGCUAGGCACUGUGAUAUCUCUUAACUUGCUUGUACAACAAACUUAUCUCCCCAUUAUUGUCUUUACAAGUCUCUAUUAUUUCUGCUUCUUUUGAUUGAUGAGAAUGGUGUACUAGUUGUUGGCCUUUCCUUCGAUUGUAUUGCGUACAAUCGGCUUCUACAAGUCUUUCUUAUUUCUUUUUUCAAA